AUGCCGUCGCAGAUCUCAGUUGACAACAUCCGAUCAGCUAGUUCGUCGUUAGAAGACGAGUAUUCACCCGUUUCCGUCGUGAGUCCAAAAAUACCAUCGGUCGCGGAAAGCGUCGAAAGAGAUGGCGCUGUGUCGGAGCGAGAAGAAAUUGAAACGGUCUCGGUCAAGGGCGCCUCGGCCCGAUCGCCUUCGAUCGCUGACGUCCCGGCAGAAGAGGAAGUACAUGAAGAUGAUGAAAAAGCAUCACCGUCAUCUUCGAGUACCCCUUCUCAAGUGGAUCCAGCCGACUUGCCUCAACCCUCCAAAAAUGAAAUCGAUCGGAGCUCGUCAACACCAACUGAUAAGAGUGGACCUGAAGAUGUCGCUCCUGAGGAAGCGGUCCAAACGGAGAAACAAAAGGCCAGAGACGAAAUCAGGAGUCUGCUUGGAGACCUUCCUCCAAUCGCUAAGCCACGUCUAACGAAGGCUCCAUCAGAGUUUUCGAAUUUAGCGCUGUUUGCCGACCAAGGAAGACACGGAACUCGUCGAUCCGACAGCAGUGGAGAAAGCACUAAAAGUGACGAUACUACGGUUGAACGACACCGAACUGUCGUGUUCACAGACCCAUUACACAGAUCCAUUCCUCCGAGUGAGACAUCAUCAGGUUCAUCGCCUCCUCCAAAACCAGCUGUUCGUCUUCCUGCCAGCGGAGGUAGAAGUGUUAUUAGAGCGAGGCAAGAAACCCAGCAAGAAGAGGACAUGUCUGACUCGGACGAAAACCGAACCGUGUCGAUUUUCAUCGAUCGGAUCUACAUUCCGGAGUUUUCUCGCCUUCUUUAUCCUAUCUAUGAUAACGUGAAAGUAUAUGUUGACUGGUCAGUUCUUUUUUUCUACUUUUUACAAACAAUGAUUCACUUCAGUAUGAAUAUUGCUGUCUGCUGUUAUUGCUAUUAA